AUGAAGGGGUGGGUCUAUGGUACAUCACCUGAGUUGUGGGGUAAAUGUAGAGAGUGUCAAUCAAAGGCAGAGCUCUCAGAGCUGGGAAGGAGGCUCUAGAUGGCGGCUGUGCCUUAGAGAGAGCGCGCUUUGCUCCCUGCUUCGGUUCACUUUACGCAACUUUCCCUAACUUUCGGGCAGCCUCAGGGGGCCCCCGCAACCCCCUGCCUCUCCUAGUGACUUACUGGGGUCGAACCGAACCUUUUUUUGGGAGAAAAGCAGCUUUUAGGAGCUUUCUUUUCGUGCCUUGUUGGAAGAAGCUGCCGUAUUGAGAGCCCAGGUCGUUGUUUUUUCCAGCUUAGAAGCCAUGGCGCACCUCCAUUUUUGUGCGCUCUCCUAAUGAGGCUUUUUUUCCCUUCCGGACCUGUUUUAGUAUUAAUUAUUGUUUUAUUUUUUGCCAAGACAACACAUUUGAGGACUAUUUCAUUUACUUUUGUUUUUUAACGGAGGAUUUUGCGUUAUUUUUAAUUAUUUUGGAUCUGAUAUUUUUCUACUACUAGAUAGGACUCUUGUUUUGGACAUACUACAUGGAUCAGUAAAUACCUGGGCACAGGACUUCAAAGCAAACAGAUUCCCCCUCCCCCUUAAUAUUUAAGAAUUAAAAGAUGAUGAGAAAUAAGGACAAAAGCCAAGAGGAGGACAGUUCGCUACACAGCAAUGCAUCGAGUCGUUCGGCCUCUGAAGAAGCUUCGGGUUCAGACUCUGGCAGUCAGUCGGAAAGUGAACAGGGCAGCGAUCCCGGAAGUGGACAUGGCAGUGAGUCCAACAGCAGUUCUGAAUCUUCUGAGAGUCAAUCAGAAUCUGAGAGUGAAUCAGCAGGUUCCAAAUCACAGCCAGUCCUUCCAGAAGCCAAAGAGAAGCCUGCCUCUAAGAAGGAACGGAUAGCUGAUGUGAAGAAGAUGUGGGAAGAAUAUCCUGAUGUUUAUGGGGUUAGGCGGUCAAACCGAAGCAGACAAGAACCAUCACGAUUUAAUAUUAAGGAAGAGGCAAGUAGCGGGUCUGAGAGCGGGAGUCCAAAAAGAAGAGGCCAGAGGCAGCUGAAAAAACAGGAAAAAUGGAAACAGGACCCCUCAGAAGAUGAACAUGAACAAGGCACCAGUGCAGAGAGUGAACCAGAACAAAAGAAAGUAAAAGCUAGGAGACCCGUCCCUAGAAGAACAGUGCCCAAGCCUCAAGUUAAAAAGCAACCUAAGACUCAGCGUGGAAAGCGGAAAAAGCAGGAGUCUUCUGAUGACGAUGAUGACGACGAUGAAGCUCCCAAAAGGCAGACCCGACGAAGAGCUGCUAAAAAUGUGAGUUACAAAGAAGAUGAUGACUUUGAGACUGAUUCAGAUGAUCUCAUUGAAAUGACUGGAGAAGGAAUUGAUGAACAGCAAGAUAAUAGUGAAACUAUUGAAAAGGUCUUAGAUUCAAGACUGGGAAAGAAAGGAGCCACUGGAGCAUCCACCACUGUGUAUGCUGUUGAAGCUAAUGGAGACCCGAGCGGCGACUUUGACACGGAGAGGGAGGAAGGGGAGAUCCAAUACCUCAUCAAGUGGAAGGGCUGGUCUUACAUCCACAGCACAUGGGAGAGUGAAGCAUCCUUACAACAACAGAAAGUGAAGGGCCUAAAAAAAUUGGAGAACUUCAAGAAGAAAGAGGAUGAAAUCAAACAAUGGUUAGGGAAAGUUUCUCCAGAAGAUGUUGAGUAUUUCAAUUGCCAACAGGAGCUGGCAUCAGAGUUGAAUAAACAGUAUCAGAUAGUAGAAAGAGUAAUAGCUGUGAAGACAGGUAAAUCUGCAUUGGGCCAAACAGAUUUUCCAGCUCAUAGUCGAAAGCCAGCGCCUUCAAAUGAGCCUGAAUACUUAUGUAAAUGGAUGGGACUGCCCUAUUCAGAGUGUAGCUGGGAAGACGAAGCCUUGAUCGGAAAGAAAUUCCAGAAUUGUAUCGACAGCUUCCACAGUCGUAACAACUCUAAAACCAUUCCAACAAGAGAAUGCAAGGCACUAAAGCAAAGACCACGAUUUGUAGCUUUAAAGAAGCAGCCAGCAUACUUAGGAGGGGAGAAUCUGGAGCUCCGAGAUUAUCAGCUAGAGGGUCUCAACUGGCUUGCUCACUCCUGGUGCAAAAGUAACAGUGUAAUCCUUGCUGAUGAAAUGGGCCUAGGAAAGACCAUCCAGACCAUAUCAUUUCUCUCCUACCUGUUCCACCAGCACCAGCUGUAUGGACCCUUUCUUAUAGUCGUCCCCUUAUCCACUCUCACUUCAUGGCAGAGGGAGUUUGAAAUCUGGGCACCAGAGAUUAAUGUCGUGGUUUAUAUAGGUGACCUGAUGAGCAGAAAUACGAUAAGGGAAUAUGAGUGGAUUCAUUCUCAAACCAAAAGGUUGAAGUUCAAUGCGCUUAUAACAACAUAUGAGAUCCUCUUAAAAGAUAAGACCGUGCUGGGCAGUAUUAACUGGGCCUUCCUGGGAGUAGAUGAAGCCCAUCGGUUGAAGAAUGAUGACUCUUUAUUGUAUAAAACUCUGAUUGAUUUCAAGUCCAGCCAUAGGCUACUGAUCACGGGCACCCCUCUUCAGAAUUCCCUCAAGGAACUUUGGUCUUUGCUGCACUUUAUUAUGCCGGAGAAGUUUGAGUUUUGGGAAGAUUUUGAAGAAGACCAUGGAAAGGGGAGAGAGAAUGGUUAUCAGAGUCUUCAUAAGGUACUAGAGCCUUUCCUUCUUCGGAGAGUCAAGAAAGAUGUGGAGAAAUCCCUUCCUGCCAAAGUGGAGCAGAUUCUCAGGGUAGAGAUGUCAGCCCUUCAGAAACAGUAUUAUAAGUGGAUCCUGACCAGGAAUUACAAGGCUCUCGCCAAAGGAACAAGGGGCAGCACAUCUGGCUUUCUUAAUAUUGUGAUGGAGCUGAAAAAAUGCUGCAAUCACUGCUACCUGAUCAAAGCUCCAGAGGACAAUGAAAGGGAGAACGGCCAGGAGGUCCUUCAGUCCCUAAUCAGGAGCAGUGGGAAGCUGAUUCUGUUAGACAAACUGUUGACAAGACUCCGAGAAAGGGGAAACAGAGUCCUGAUCUUCUCUCAGAUGGUGAGGAUGUUGGAUAUUCUGGCCGAGUACCUGACUAUCAAACACUAUCCUUUCCAGCGCCUGGAUGGUUCUAUCAAGGGAGAAAUCCGAAAACAGGCAUUGGAUCACUUCAAUGCAGAUGGUUCUGAGGACUUCUGCUUCCUGCUCUCCACACGGGCUGGGGGCCUAGGAAUCAAUCUGGCUUCAGCGGACACAGUUGUCAUCUUCGACUCUGACUGGAACCCCCAGAACGACUUGCAGGCACAAGCCCGAGCACAUAGAAUCGGUCAGAAGAAGCAGGUGAAUAUUUACCGCUUGGUUACAAAGGGGACUGUGGAAGAGGAGAUCAUAGAACGGGCCAAAAAGAAGAUGGUGUUAGACCAUCUGGUGAUUCAGCGCAUGGACACCACUGGCCGGACAGUCCUCGAAAACAACUCAGGAAGAUCCAACUCUAAUCCUUUUAAUAAAGAAGAGCUGACCGCCAUCUUGAAAUUUGGAGCAGAGGAUCUCUUCAAAGAAAUUGAAGGAGAGGAGUCAGAGCCUCAGGAGAUGGAUAUAGAUGAAAUUUUGCGCUUGGCUGAAACCAGAGAGAAUGAAGCGUCGACUAGUGCAACAGAUGAGCUUCUGUCACAGUUCAAGGUUGCCAACUUUGCAACAAUGGAAGAUGAAGAGGAGCUAGAGGAACGUCCUCACAAGGACUGGGAUGAAAUCAUUCCAGAGGAGCAAAGGAAGAAAGUGGAGGAGGAAGAACGACAGAAGGAGCUAGAAGAAAUCUAUAUGCUGCCGCGAAUUCGUAGUUCCACUAAAAAGGCUCAGACAAAUGACAGCGACUCUGACACAGAGUCAAAGAGGCAAGCCCAGAGAUCUUCUGCUUCUGAGACUGAGACAGAUGACUCUGAUGACGAUAAGAAGCCGAAGCGCAGAGGGCGCCCCCGAAGUGUGCGCAAAGACCUGGUGGAGGGCUUCACGGAUGCAGAGAUCCGAAGGUUCAUCAAGGCUUAUAAGAAGUUUGGUCUCCCUCUUGAAAGGCUAGAGUGCAUAGCACGUGAUGCUGAACUAGUGGAUAAGUCUGUGGCAGACCUGAAACGCCUGGGGGAACUGAUUCAUAAUAGCUGUGUGUCAGCAAUGCAGGAAUAUGAAGAACAGCUGAAAGAGAAUGCCAGUGAAGGAAAAGGACCGGGCAAGAGAAGAGGCCCAACCAUCAAGAUCUCUGGGGUUCAGGUUAAUGUGAAGUCCAUUAUCCAACAUGAAGAAGAGUUUGAGAUGCUGCAUAAAUCUAUCCCUGUGGACCCUGAGGAAAAAAAAAAAUACUGCCUGAGCUGCCGAGUCAAAGCGGCGCAUUUCGAUGUGGAGUGGGGUGUGGAGGAUGAUUCUCGUCUGUUGCUUGGGAUCUAUGAACAUGGCUAUGGAAACUGGGAGCUAAUUAAGACAGACCCAGAGCUAAAACUCACUGAUAAAAUUCUACCGGUGGAGACAGACAAAAAGCCUCAGGGGAAGCAGCUGCAGACCCGGGUGGACUACUUGCUGAAGCUGCUCAGGAAGGGUCUGGAGAAGAAGGGCACUGUGACCAGUGGGGAGGAGACCAAACUAAAGAAGCGGAAGCCUCGAGUAAAGAAGGAAAACAAAGCCCCGAGGCUGAAGGAUGAGCAUGGGCUUGAAAUGUCAUCUCCGAGACACUCAGACAACCCGUCUGAAGAGGGGGAAGUGAAGGAUGAUGGCGUAGAAAAAAGUCCAAUGAAAAAAAAGCAGAAGAAGAAAGAGAACAAGGAGAACAAAGAGAAACCAGUGAGUUCUCGGAAGGACAGAGAAGGAGACAAAGAAAGGAAGAAGUCCAAGGACAAGAAAGAGAAGGUUAAAGGUGGUGAUGCCAAGUCUUCAAGUAAAUCAAAGCGAUCUCAGGGUCCUGUCCACAUUACAGCGGGAAAUGAACCUGUUCCAAUUGGGGAGGAUGAAGAUGAUGAUCUGGACCAGGAAACCUUCAGCAUUUGUAAAGAGAGGAUGCGGCCUGUGAAAAAGGCACUGAAACAGUUGGACAAACCUGAGAAAGGACUCAAUGUGCAAGAACAGCUGGAACACACCAGGAACUGCCUGCUUAAAAUUGGAGACCGCAUCGCCGAGUGCCUUAAAGCUUAUUCAGACCAGGAGCACAUCAAAUUGUGGAGGAGGAACCUGUGGAUUUUUGUUUCCAAGUUUACAGAAUUUGAUGCACGAAAACUACAUAAAUUAUAUAAGAUGGCUCAUAAGAAAAGAUCUCAAGAAGAGGAGGAACAAAAGAAGAAAGAUGAUACGCUUGGUGGUAAGAAACCAUUUCGACCAGAGGCCUCGGGCUCAAGCCGGGAUUCUCUGAUAUCUCAGUCCCAUACCUCACACAACCUUCAUCCUCAGAAGCCUCAUUUGCCUGCCUCCCAUGGUCCACAGAUGCAUGGACAUCCAAGAGAUAACUACAGUCACCCCAACAAGAGACACUUUAGUAAUGCAGAUCGAGGAGACUGGCAGAGGGAAAGGAAGUUCAACUAUGGUGGUGGUAACAAUGCCCCCUGGGGCAGUGACCGGCACCAUCAAUAUGAGCAGCACUGGUACAAGGAUCACCAUUACGGUGACCGGAGACACAUGGAUGCCCACCGUUCUGGAAGCUACCGGCCUAACACCAUGUCCAGAAAGAGACCUUAUGAGCAGUACAGCAGUGACCGAGACCACCGGGGACACAGAGACUAUUAUGACAGGCACCAUCAUGACUCUAAGCGGAGGAGAUCAGAUGAUUUUAGGCCCCAGAAUUACCACCAGCAGGAUUUCCGACGAAUGUCUGACCACCGACCCACGAUGGGUUACCACGGCCAGGGACCCUCAGACCAUUACCGCUCUUUUCACACAGACAAGUUGGGGGAAUAUAAACAGCCCCUGCCCUCACUGCACACUGCGGUCUCAGAUCCUCGCUCACCUCCUUCCCAGAAAUCUCCCCAUGAUUCCAAGUCACCCUUGGAUCACAGGUCUCCUUUGGAGAGGUCACUAGAACAGAAAAACAACCCAGAUUAUAACUGGAAUGUUCGGAAAACGUAAAGGGCGACCCCGCCAGGGGAGAGGUCGCAGGAGUCAUCAAGCACUUGGACGUUUUGGUCUGGUCCAGCGGGGGCCAGUGCUCAGGCUGCUGAGCGGAGUGUUUGGAUGCGCUGCUGCUGAGCCCACUAAGCUGGCGGCUGAAGGAGCACUUGAGGGGGUCGGGGGCCUUGGUCUGCUGCUUUGGUUUGGCCUCCACUCCUGCACUUUGGCACCCCAUCCCAUCCUAGCCUCUUGUGGCCUCCCACCUCCGUGGGUGUCGGGGGAAGAGGCGACUUUCUGUACCAGCUGCAUUGGCUGCUUCCCCUGGAAGGACUCGGGGAUGUGAGAGUCAGUGAAUGUUAGAGUCAGCAUGUGUGACCAGGGCAAGGACCUGCUGGACAGUGUGUGAUUGGUUCACUGUGGCACCAGGGAUGCUGCUGAUGGGAGGUGGGAAGUGGGAGAUCACAGGGCGGGUUUCAUACUGCAAGACUUGAAAGGGGAACAGGUAUGCCCCUCAGAUGUGUUCUUGGGAGAAAUGAUACACUCGGUCUCAUUAUGUGAAGUGGGUUGGGGAUAAAGAGACAGGGAAUAACUUCCACUGUGGCCUCCUACCUGCCAACACUAAUUUUUCCCGUACUAGCUUUGUACAUUUCAAAGGUUUGGUCUUCUGGUGGGGUCCAUUUCCCUGUUUGUCAGGGAAAGUUGGAUCUCUCUGGCUGAUUUUAGAGUACUGUGACUUUGGCGUCAUCAGUGCCAGAUCUUACUUGUUUGGGGAGUGGGCUGAGUGGGUGUGGGGUGGAGAUGGGGGGUGGGGUAGUGUGACCAGGAACUAGGAAUCCCUGGUGGGUUUCUGGUUCCUGGGUUGAGAAGGAAAGUCACAGGUCCUGGAGAUGGAAAUGGAGUUGGCCUGCUGAUGAGAUACCUGCUGGUGAGCUCAGGGGUGGGGCACUCAUGCAGAUGGGGGGGGGGGGGACUCCUGAUGUGGGCAUUGGUAGUCCCAGCAAGCAGGGAGCUUUCAGUAUUGGAGUGGGUCAGCGAAUGCACUUGCAUAUUGGUUCCUUUACACGGCGUGAAGAGGCAGGCUAUACUGGCCCAAACAUCUUGACAGUGAAGGUGUGCAGUCAGAUGAAAACAGCUACUGAUGUGGUUACAUUUCCAUUGCAAGUUGGGAUUCAGUAGAACCAAACCCUGUUUCUUUACGAUCUGUAGAAUAUAAACCCAAGUUAUUUUUAUCCCAAAUCCCAAGCACCCAUGACUGGGGUAGCUGAGCUGUAAGAUGUCAGGAGGCCUGUUAGGGUCAGAUUGGGUUGGGUUGAGGGGGAGGGCCGCUGGUGGGUUGCAUCAUUGCAUGGCUCUUCUCAGUGUAUGGAUAACUGGGUCGGUCCUGUGGUUUUACUCACUUUCAGUAUAGCUUGCCAGUAUUGUUAGGAUAUCCAAAAACCUUUCUAGAUGGAGACAGCAAAACUGACUUGAACAUAAGGUAUGGUGUGCCUCUGUGAGAGUCCAGGCUCAUUCUGAGUUGAUGAAAAGUCUUGUGUUGGAAGUACGCAGGAUACAGCUCUUGGGGAGCUCCCUUGGGGACAGGGUGGGGCCGUCCUGGGCAGUACCAUUAAUGACUUUCCCAAGACAAGCUUGAGUGGUGUCCUUGAGUGCGUCUGGCCAUGGUAUGGCUGUGGUGGGCCAUUGCUUCUGCUGCUUAGAGUACCAUGGACCUGGCUGUGCAGAGUCAGUCCUUGUAGCCAGUGCUCAGUAGACCAUCACCUUCUUGAUUCCUCGUGGUCCUUUACCCUGACUAUGUAUGUGCAUGACUGCACUGGAGUUCCCUGGCUGUAGUCUCCUGCCUGGUGGCCUGCCAUGACUUCUCAGUUGAAGGCUGAAGUCUGGUCUCUUUUGGCCACACAGUGAAAAAGUGAACCAUAGAUGGAGCUUCUUGCUGAUAACAUCAACACUAGUCUGUUGGGCAUACUGUGCUCUGAGGUGCUGGGAGUGCAGCAAGAACAGGAGGUGCCCCUGUGGAAGGUGGAGGGCCUUGCCUUUCUAUACUAACCCAGGUCUGUCUUUCUUCCAACUUGUUGGUAGAAGUUACAGGUUAUUCUCAAAGGUGUCUCAUCAUGAGGAAAAAGGAACUUCCUUUUGUUCACAUUCAGGACUAAAGUGCCAUAAAGUGUAGCAAAAGGCAAUGUUGGCCAGAUCAGUGUUACAUUGAUUCUAAGAUUACAGUAUCUCCCAUCAAACAUCUGUUAAGGUGUUGAAGUGUAUUUGAAGAGUGGGUUGGGAGAAAGGAGGCAUUCCUCUUGCUUUAAACCAGUAUGUGCAUCACAUGCUUAACACGGGAAUUUGCACAGGUGGGAGAAGCUGCCAGUGGAGUUCUUCUGGAACCUAGCGUUGGGCAGCCCAUUGUUGAGGAAAUGGCGGGACUUGAGGAGAGAGUGAGUGUUGCCGAGGCCUGAAGUACUGUGAUACACUGUGACCCUAGAAAAGGAAGGUGACGUCUCUGUUGAUCACUGUGUCCUCUCAUUGGCCAGCCUGCGGGAGCCCAAUCUCAUGGUCCUUCCUUGGACUCUGUAGUCAUUCCUUAAGCCCCGCCAAGGGAACGCAAACAUUUCUCACUGUGCUGCUGAUGUUCUGAGCUGGUGUGGCUGGCAGCUACAUCGGGCCUUGCAGAGCAAAGGUGAUUCACUUAAGUGUUCACACACAGCAACACUGAAAUCCUGUAGACCAAAACCCACUUGUCAGCAGGAGCUGUGUCCAGGCCCAGCACCUGUGGUCUUCUAGCUCAUCUGAGGCCAGCUGUAUCGGGUGAAGAGAGCCAUGCCAAGGGUCCAGGCUGCUUUAGUCCAUCUGUGCCCUACCCAUUUGGGAACAGGUGGUUUUUCUUGUAAACUUGUGGACUUUUGAAACCUGUUGACUAAACAGUAAUUAAUUUAUAUUUGUGAAAAAUGCCACUGUCCUGGUGAUUUCUGAUGUAAAUAAUGUUGUUUAUAUAGUAUGUAUUAAAAUUUUCCUACAUUGUAAAACUGCUGUACUUUUGAUUCUUGUGUAUUAAAAAGUGUUACU